AUGUUCGCUGAAAGGUUGGGCUACGCAGACUGCCUGGGGUGGUCUUGCCGCGGAGGUUCGGAACCGUUGCCAUACGACGACUCGGGCCUUGCGCAGGUGGCUUGGGUCCGGAGUUCGGAAGGCCUGCCGGAUGCUGUGGAGCUCUUUGUGAAGAGACCCGGGUUGGAUCCGCUGACAUCUGCCACUCGAAAGGAUCUGCACAUAGACUGGACGGGAUUGGAAAGAAGGACCUAUUCUGUGCGACUCCUCUACAGCGAGGUUCAAACGCCCACUGGCCCGAAAGCUCUUGAUGCGAUCGCAGAACGAGCCCCUGUGGUCGAAGGUGGAAAUCCCGCUUGUUGGCGUGGCGGCUUCACCUUCGAGCGUUGCUGCCGGGACUCGGACGAUUCGUGCUGGGAUUCCUCGUUUACCUUCGAUCGGUGUUGCAGCCUGACAGCUGUGAAGCGCUACGCGGACUUCAACUUCAAGCCGCCCCAGAAGCCUCACUACGAGCUGUUGCACCUCGAGCGUGACAACAAACCUCGGCUUGGACCCGUGCAGGAUGACGAAGCACUUCUGCUCUACAGCUUGGUUCGUGCAUUGCGUCCUCGAACAAUCGUAGAGUUUGGAACAUCCAACGGUUUCAGCGCGCUGAACUGGAUGCAUGCAAUCGCAGAGGAUCCAGAUGCUCGGGUCUUCAGCUACGACAUACUGCCGUACCCUGCAGCACGGGCACUGGAGGACUCCGACCCACGUUUCCUCUUCCACCAGAAGAGUCAGGCCGACUUUGAGCCAGCAGAUGUCGAUGGCCGGCCGAUAGACGUGGCUUUCUUCGAUGCUGGCCACCUCAUCGAGUACAGCUUGAAAGCUUUCGAGCGGCUGCGUCCAGCCCUGGCUCCGAAUGCCUUGGUCGCCGUGCACGAUACGGGUUUGCAUGUCCGGGACUUCGGCUCUGGUGCGCCUCCAGAGGCCGAGAUCGGAGAGCUUGACAACGGCUCGGAAGCUGCCGAGGCUUCGCCGUGGCCCGCGGCGGGGGCAAAACCCGGUCCCUCAAAGCCUCGAGGGCGGAAGCCGGACUCAGGCCGAGGAGCCGAGACUUCCCCACGGCUCGCAUCCAGUGCCACAGCCAGUGCCCAGUGCCGCAGCCGUCCAAGGUUUUCGGUCCUGGCGCAGCAGCUGGAGAAGGUGGCUGCCGCAAAAGGAAAAGGCAGCAUGGACCGGAAGGUCGAGCUUCUCAAGGAGCUGUUCGAUCAAUCGUCUUUGGACGACGCCAAAGCAUUGUUAAAGCUGCUAACUCGGUGGGGGCUUCACGGCUCAGCCCAGCUGCGAGUGGGGUCAGCGGUGUUGCAGGCGGCGGUUGCAGACAUGCAGCUCCGUACCGAAUCUGCUGAGGACACCUUGGCCAAGUGGCUAGCCACCGGCGAGGUGGCCGACAUCGCAGAGGGCUGGCAAAGGCUUCUUGAGCAAGAGCCUCGCUCACAGAAAGCCUUGGCCAAGUUCGAAGACUUCACUGUGCAACAGGCUUGGGAAGAGAUGGGCAAGUUCACUGAGAUCGAAGACAAGGGAGCCGUAGCCCGGCGCACGGCUCUGGCGGCGCGUGUGGCGAGUGGCUGCGGCCGCCGGUGUCCGGCUGGUGCAAAGUAUGCCUGCCGGAUGCUGCAGAAAGGAAAGAGCCUUGGCAUCGGGGCCUCGGAUAAGACUGUGGCUCUGGCCUUCACGAAGCAUUCGAAGCUUUCUGACGGUGGAAGGUUGCUGGAGAUGCUUGAGCUGAAUCCUGAUAUCGACGCAGCAGUCGAGAACAUAAAAAACGGCAGUGCUGUGGGGACGGGUUCGCCAAAGAGCAGCGCCCGCGCCGCGCACCUGUGGUGGCCAAUCUCACCCUCCACCGCAAAGCCGGCCAAAAGCAUCGACGAGGUCCUUGCAAAAGUCAACGCAAAGGGCGCCCCAUCCGGCUGGAGGGCUGAGUGGAAGUACGACGGCGAAAGGUUGCAGAUCCACGCCGAUCAACGGCGAAGGAAGAUCCGCUUCGAGUUGUUCUCCAGAAACUUGAAGAACGUCACCGCCCGCUUCCCGGAGAUUGCAGAGAGCCUGAAGGCCUGUCCCUUCGAAACCAUCAUUCUCGAUGCAGAAGUUGUGGCGGUUGAUGGCGACAAGAUCCUUCCGUUUCAGAUCCUGUCGCGACGGCCGCGGGAGGCCACACCGGACUCAAAGCGGUCGGAUGUUGCCUUCUUUGCGUUCGACUGCCUGUUCUUGGACGGCAAAUCGCUGUUGCGAGAGCCGUUGGCGAAGAGACUUGAACUGAUGCAAACAGCAGUCACGCCUGCCAGCGCGAGCAGCCGCCUCAAGUUUGCAGAGGGCACGAGCUUCCAAACCCAGAAAGAGCUGCAGAAGGCACUGGAUGUGGCCAUCAAGUCCUCGACAGAAGGGCUGAUGCUCAAGCAGCUGGAUGCUAAAUACGAGCCAGGAAUCCGGACCUCGAAAUGGUUAAAGCUCAAGAAGGACUACCUGGACAGCGCGCUCAGUGAUUCCAUUGAUGCUGUGGUGGUGGGAGUCAAGCGUGGGAAUGGGAAGCGAAGCAGUGUUUACGGAUCUUAUCUACUGGCCGUCAGGCAGAGCGAUGAUGCGGAGGCCACUUACCAGACUUUGUGUGCGACUGGCACGGGCAUGACCCAUCAGGAGCUUCAGGACUACUACGACCUUUGCCGGCCCUUAGUCGCUGACGGCUGCACCGUGCCUGCGCGAUUGCAAACUUCCUGGUCUGGUUCGAAGCUCUCCGAGUGGCAGUGGAUCUCCGACAUCUCCAAGGCUCCAGUGAUGGAGAUAACUGGAGCUGAUCUGACAGUCUCUCGCAUGCAUUCUUGUGCUGCUGGACUCUUGCGGGGCAUCGGUGCAGUGAAGGAGAGCGGUCUGGCUCUUCGCUUUCCACGCGUCUUGAGACUGCGGGCUGCGGAUGACAAGACCGCCGCGCAGGCGACGACAGCGGAGCAAGUGCUCGACAUGUACCAGAAGCAGCCAGGGGCGAGCGCUGGUACACCAAAGCGCGGAAGGAAAAGGUCACUCACGGGCGUGUUGCAGAGACUGAAGUUGCCAAAGGCCGUGCCAGCGAUCUUGCUUGAGUGCAUGCACACGUGGGCACUUGCCACUUGUCUCUCAGCUCUUGGGUUUGCCACUGAGGCUAUCGAUUCCGUGACUGCCAAGGCCAGAGAAUCACAGAAAGAGACAGAAGACCGACGAACCUCGACAACGUUCGUGACAGUUGAAACCGAUGUGCAUGGGUACUGUGUCGGCCGAGCUCAUCGCCCGUCCGAAAGGCCCCAGUACUGCAGAAGCGAAAGAGAUUUACUGUGUUGUCGUUGGUGUUACGACAGGCAAUUCGUCUCCGAGGUCGGCAGACAAGCUUCUAGGACAUAG